AUGGAGAAACAGUCUAAGCUGAAGAACAAGAUAUUGAAGAUACUACCAAAAGCAGCAGCUGCAAUCACUGUGACAUUUCAAAACCCUCCUUUCAGCCCAAGUAGGAGAUCAGAGAAGCUUAAAUCUCAUGUGGGAAAGGGAUUCUCAGGCCCAAUUAUGAUUCCCUAUGAAGCUAGAAGAAAACCAAAAGAUGGGGGCAUUGAAACUCAUGAACCCACUUCACCAAAAAUCUCUUGCAUGGGACAGAUCAAGCACAAGAAGAACCAGAUUCAAAAAGCCAAGGCUAAGAGCAUGUCAAUGCCUAAAACUACGAGAUCAGUUGUUAUUAGCAGUGCUUCUUCAACUCCCAGAGACACAGAGGUAAAAAAGAAACAUGCUUCGAACAAGUUUCAGAGGAUGUUCUUCAAUGGGGCCAAACAGAAAACAAAGACAAGAAAAUCUGAUGCUGAUUCUGCUUCGGUUGGUGAAGAAGGGAAAAAGGGUAUUGCGGUUGCACCACCAAUGGGUGAAAUGAGGCGUUUUGCAAGUGGACGUGAGACUUUUGCUAAUUUUGAUUGGAGGGCUCAGAUAGCGCCAGAGGAAAUGGAUCAAAGGGAUUGUUAUUCGGAUGAAGACAGAGUAGAGAGUGAUGCAGAGGAAGAAGAGGAAGAAGAUGAAGAUGAAGAAGAAGAAGAUAUCAUAAUCCCUUUCUCUGCACCUAUUCUGGUAGGUGCAGGUGCUUGUGUUGGAAGAAAUAUACCAAAUUUGCAGCCACGGAAAGAAAUUAAUAUAUGGAAGAGAAGAACCAUGGCACCACCUAGGCAUCUUCAGUUGAAUCCAGUGCUUACAGCAAAAUGA